ACUUCUGAAGCGCCCCCUUUCGAUCACAUACGCACUUUCGCACGUACACACUUUGGUCUCACAAGUUUGUUUAUUCUUUCUCAACACCUUUUGAUGUAAUAUUGAAUAGUAAUAAACAACAUACCUGGACGGAGAUCAAGAUUAUAAUACAGAAAAGAGAGACCGAUUGACGGACACCGACAUUUUUACCCCAGAACAGGAAACCACUGAUUUGAGAAGAAAAAAAAUUAUCAUGGGUGAACCCUCCAGCGAAAUUCCCAUGGUCGACUUCAGCGCCUAUCGUUUGUCUCUGGAGAAACCCGACGCCAGUCAGUUUCAGAAGCUAGUUGAUGAUGUACACAACGCACUGACUACCAUUGGCUUCUUCUUCAUCGUCAACACUGACUUCCCGCAAGAAAAGACAGAGGAAUUGUACCAAGUUUCCAAGCAUUACUUUGAACUGCCACUCGAUGUGAAGCUUCGACAUCCACGCACUUCCGGUGCCCACGGUUACGUUAAAGUAGGCCGAGAAUGCGUCAAUCCAGAUCGACCAUACGGUGACCUCAAGGAAAAUUUCAACUUCAGUCCUCAAACAGCAGGCGAUCAAUGGCCAACAGAAGCCGAGUGCCCGGGCUUCAAAGCUGCAAUGAACGAGUUCUUCGACUUGUGCUUUCCUCUUCACAACAGAGUCCUGGAGAUCAUGGGACAUGGACUCAAACUGGAGGACCCCUUGCAUUUUGUCAAGUCUCACAAGAAGCCCAGAACUGACAGUUCAAUAUGCCUGAGAACAUUGUUCUACCCGUCACUCUGUGACGUCACCGUAAAGGAGCAACAAGUACGGUGUGGGGAACACUCUGACUUUGGCGGGAUCACGCUGCUGUUCCAGCAAAAGCCUGGAUUGUUGGUGCAAAAGAUUGACGGCAGCUAUAUCAAGGUUCCAAUGGUAGAGGGCGGUAUACUGAUUAACACUGGUAGCCUGAUGCAGCGAUGGACAUCCGACUUGUAUCCUGCCACUAGACACUGUGUGUUCAUGGAUGACACGCCUGAGGAACUAGACAAGUCACGCCAGUCCAUUGCUUUCUUUGGUUACCCAGACAACGAUGCCAUCAUCGAGUGCGUGGAUAAGAGCAACAAGUAUCCACCCAUCUCAGCACUGGAUUAUUUGAACUUCAGAUUAGGGGAAAUAUACAAAAACGCUCAGUCGUAAUCAUAUUCAAAAUUGUAUAAAAAAAAAUAAAAAAACAUUCUCACUUGAUGCCCGAAAGAUAAAUUCUAUAUUUCUCUAUGGAUCAUGAAUAGUGUAUUUUAUUUCUUUCACAUUUUUAUUAACAAAAAAUGUUAACACUGCUUUUUUGGAAUAACUUAGAAUGACAGACAAUGCAUACAACUGGAUGUACAUUGUAUUUUAAUUGUUUACUGUUGACUUUGUCUAGGUUAUCUGAACUAUUCCACAUCACUGAUUUCAUCCCAAAGGGAAAACUAAGUUAGUUUUGCAAAUGGGCACUGGGAAAUGCUAAGGAGUUAUAAAGCUAAUAAAAAAGUUAAUCUACUGGUUACUCUUGACACUGUGUUCACUGGAUAACACUAUUUUGCCAUUCAAAGGAUGGAACUUUCUUAAAAACUUUUUAAUGUACAAUUAUGAGGGUAGGGCUACCACUUGCAUUCAUUUUUUGUUAAUUAUUUAACACUUUCAUUUCAAUAGUUAAGUGCAGCACCACAAUAACAUAAUUCUGUAUCGUUUUAAUUUUAUCAACUUGAUUUGAUUACUUUUUCAAUGUAAAUUAUAUUGUAAAACAUCAGACCGAUCAAUUACAUUUGUACAUAUAUAAACUAAAAUCAGCUAAAGAGUGUAUUUUUUUCAACAAAAAGCUUCUGCACUGAAUCACAUGAAAUGUAGAGAUUUGUAGAAUUGUAUACUGUCCCUCUAUUCGAUUAACUUGCACAUUAAGCAUUGUCUGAAAUUGUUCAUAUUACUUUUCUAAUCUUAAACUGCCGUUAUAGACUGGUCAUGUUUCUAGAAGGCAUGACACAGAUUACUAUGAACAUUAAAAGAAACAUGACAAGUGCAAAUUCAAUAUCAUUCACAUUAAAUAACACCAUAACAGUAGAAUGGACAGUA